ACACUCAUGGCAAUAUACGCGUAAUAUUACCGUGAUGGCGCUUGAUGUAAAGUCCAGAGCCAAGCGAUACGAAAAGUUGGAUUUCCUCGGAGAGGGCCAGUUUGCCACAGUGUACAAAGCCAGAGACAAAACAACUGACACUAUAGUCGCCAUAAAAAAGAUUAAAGUUGGCCACAGAACUGAAGCUAAAGAUGGUAUCAAUAGGACUGCCCUACGAGAGAUCAAACUACUGCAGGAGCUCCAUCACCCAAAUAUUAUUGGACUGUUGGAUGCAUUUGGACACAAAUCGAACAUAAGUCUGGUUUUUGAUUUCAUGGAAACUGAUCUGGAGGUGAUCAUCAAGGACACCAGCCUUGUCCUAACUCCAGCCCACAUCAAAGCCUACAUCCUCAUGACUCUUCAGGGAUUAGAGUACAUGCAUCAACACUGGGUUUUACACAGGGAUUUGAAGCCCAAUAAUCUUCUGCUGGACGGUAAUGGAGUGUUGAAGUUGGCGGAUUUCGGUUUGGCCAAAGCCUUCGGCAGCCCCAACAGGGUCUACACUCAUCAAGUUGUUACCAGGUGGUACCGUUCUCCUGAGCUUCUGUUUGGUGCACGAAUGUACGGAGUAGGUGUUGACAUGUGGGCGGUGGGAUGCAUCCUGGCAGAGUUACUCCUUCGGAUACCAUUUCUUGGUGGAGACUCUGAUCUUGACCAGCUGACCAAGAUCUUUGAGGCUCUUGGGACUCCUACGGAAGAGACAUGGCCUGGAGUAAGCAGUCUACCAGACUAUGUGCCAUUCAAAAUACUUCCUGGCACACCGCUUGAGCACAUAUUUAGUGCAGCUACCGAUGACUUACUAGAGUUGCUCCAUGGCCUCUUCACAUUUAACCCUUCAACUAGGACCACAGCCACGCAGGCUCUGAAGAUGAAGUACUUCAGCAAUCGGCCUGGUCCCACUCCUGGCCCCCAACUUCCCCGACCCAACUGCUCAGCUGAAGCUCUGCGAGAGAAAGAAACAGUCGGGCUCAAGAGGAAAUUAGUAGGCCUGGAAACAACUACCAUGAAGAAGUUGAUAUUCUAACCAGAUGGGAACAGCCCAGGACUGAUGUUGUCUGUAAUGUCAACGGUACUACUGACAUCCUGCAGUCCAGCGGGGGAUGAACAGUACGACCUGUGGUCAACAAGCACUUCUGUGAUGCCUGAACUCCAGCCAACAACCUGCUUGACUGGGGCUAUUCAAUGUGGCAGAAAAAUAGAACGACCACACUAGCAAGCCUAGUAUGCUUUGACAAUAUGGACAAAAGUAUUGGGACCUCACCAAUACACCCAACAAGAACCGACGACGCAUCCAAAAGAACGUCUGUGAGGUCACUGAUGUUGGAUGACAGGGCCUGGCUCACGGUCUCUGUUCGUGGGCCAUCCCAAAAGUGUUUGGGGCCGUCACGUUCUUCCACCCCAAACUCCUCUGACUGGAAGGGCCGUCCCCAAACUGUCCUCAUACUGUGGGAAGCACAAUAUCAUUUAUUUUUUAAAAUGAGGAAUUAAUAUUCAGGGUGAACUAAGAAGUCUGGCCCAAGCUCUGAUUGGUUAAAUGAUCAAGAAGUAUGUCUCAAUACUUUUGUCCAUACUUAACCAUGUAUUAUUUGUUUUGUAAAUAAAACCAAUAAAUGGUGCAAAUACA